AUGAAAUCUGAAUUUGAUAUGUCAGAUUUGGGAGAAAUGAAGUACUUCCUUAGACAUGAGAUUGAGCAAAAUGAUCAUGGCAUUUUCUUAUCACAAAAGAAGUAUGCUUUGGACCUGCUAAAGAAGUUUAAUUUAGACAACUACAAAUCAGUGUUUACACCUCAUGUUGUGAAUGAAAAAUUGGUCAACAAUGAUGAAGAAGACAAGGUUGAUGCUUCUGUCUAUAGAAGCUUGGCUGGAAGCUUGCUCUAUUUGUCUUCAACAAGACCUGAUAUUAUGUUUAUUGCUUCCAUAUUGUCAAGGUUCAUGUUUUCUCCUAACAUAUCAUAUUUUUGUACAGCCAAAAGAGUUCUAAGGUACAUAAAAGGCAAUGCAAAUUGUGGUCUAUGGUACUCAAAAAACCAAAGUGGAAGUUUGGUUGCAUACUCUGACAACGAUUGGGCAGGAAGUGUUGAAGACUCAAAAAGCACUUCAGGCUAUUGUUUUUCCUUUGGAAAUGCUACUGUUUUCUCAUGGAAUUCCAAGAAGCAAGAUGUAGUUGCAUAA